CCAAUAGGCAGCCUACUUAAUCGUUACAAUACAUAGUAAGCCUGACCAAAAAAGUCAGUGGACGGCUGCCUCGCCCCAACAGAUUUUAUUUUUCCCGUAAAAUACGAGUAAGGUGAAACCUACAAAUUAAAUCAUGAUUUACGGCAUGCUGGUGACACUCUCGACGGCAAUCUAUACUACGAAGGCCACCCUUUGGCAGGUUCAACAGACCCUAAUCAAUUGGAUGAUGUCGUUUAGUCUUUUCAUUUUGGGUCUGUUCUGCAAGCCGUAUUUGAUAGUUCCCCUGUUGGCAGCUGGGUUCUUCAUGGUGCGCCGGAUCUUGCUGCGGCGGGCAAAGCGGACGCAAGCCUGGAAAUCGCCGGGUAACAACGAGUCUGGGUCGUCCAGGCAUUACUCCAUUAAAACCCCACCAUCACGCGACACGGAGAGCUCCCUGCCCAAUAGCGUCGGUGACACAUCCCAGAAGUAGUCGAGCAACGGAUAAUCACACGAUUCACACGGGUUUAUAAAACAUAUAACAUACGUCUGAAAUACUACAUACACAUUCCAUGAGAACACUCAUACAUGUGCACGGGUGUGGAUGGAUCCUAAGACUAAAGCAAUUAAAAAAUACUGCACUGUA